AUGGCAUCCGUCACUACGGAUUACAUCAGUGUGGGAGGGAACCGGCAUCCAGGGGCUGCAGAUUGGGAUGUCGCAACCGGAGUAGUAGCCUUCGGUGCAGACAAUAAUGUGGCCUUGUGGGAGCCUUUGGAUCCUUCCAACCGAGGUGUAUAUGCUCUUCUUGUGGGCCACUCCGACAAAGUUACCGUGGUCAGGUUCUACGCCUGCCCCUCCUCCGGCGUAAGAUUGCUGCUUACCGCUUCGGCCGAUCGUACUAUUCGAGUCUGGCAACAAAAUAAACAAGAUCCAAGUACCUACAGUCAUGCUGCUACCCUUGAAGGCCAUUCUGGGUCGAUCAAUACCAUAGCAGUGGCAGGAGGCAGUGAUAUCGUUGUAUCGGGAGGCGCCGACGGAACGGUUCGAGUCUGGAGAAUUAAGGCUCAAGCUGAGCUUGAAUGCAGUUUACUCGAGACAAUUACAAUGAAGCCUCGGUUCUUCCCAUUGGCUUUGGCGUUAAAUGUCCUCGCCGGAGGCUCACUGGUGUUUGCAGUCGCGGGAACUACGACAAGCGUACAAAUAUUUGUAUCCGAGAAACCCGAGGAUAAAACCCAUUUCCAACGACGUGCCAUACUAUCAGGCCACGAAGCAUGGGUAAGGUCUCUCGCAUUCGCCUUGGACAAGCAAAAUAAGACGGGGGAUAUCUUGCUGGCCUCGGCUAGCCAGGACAAGUACAUUCGUUUGUGGCGUCUACGCCAGGGAGAAGCAAGUACCCCAGCACCGAUAGAUGAUGCUGAUCCUUUACUGGGUGGGAUGGAACCAACACUAUCCAAUAAAGCCCACGAAUUUGAGGCCUCGGGUUCCAAAUACUCUCUCACGUUCGAAGCUCUUCUCUUUGGAAACGAAGAUUGGAUAUACACCACAGUUUGGAACCCCGAUCCAACAAGGUCACAACUGUUAUCAGCAUCUGCGGACAACACAGUCACUAUCUGGGAGCAAGAUACUGCUUCAGGCGUGUGGAUGUCAAUAGAAAGAAUGGGAGAAAUCAGUGUACAGAAAGGAUCGACCACAGCUACAGGAAGUACGGGUGGCUUUUGGAACGGACUGUGGUCGCCAGAUGGCAAGCAGGUGGUGAGCCUGGGCCGUACUGGUAGCUGGCGAGUAUGGAAUCUUGACUCCGACGCUGACAGCUGGGUGCAAACGUUUGGAAUAUCUGGUCACGUACGUUCAGCUAAUGGUAUUCAAUGGGAGCCCAGUGGGGGUUAUCUGCUCUCUACCAGUGCAGACCAGACUACACGUCUCCAUGCAGAGUGGCUGCGCGACGGAAAACGCUCUUGGCAUGAGUUCUCUCGACCCCAGAUCCAUGGCUAUGACCUGAAUUGCAUUGACACUCUUGGCUCCUCUCAGUUCGUCUCAGGGGCCGACGAGAAGUUAUUGCGUGUUUUUAAUGAACCAAAACAGAUCGCGGCGCUUCUCGAGCAGCUUUCAGGCUUCAAACAACAAUCUGCGGGCAGUGAACUCCCAGAUACCGCCGAGAUUCCGGUACUGGGCCUAUCUAACAAAGCCCAGGGCGACGAAGCCCCAGUUGAGGAGGGCGAGCCUAAUGAUGCAGCAUCAGUACCAACACCUGCUGUGUCUUUGAGCCUCGACCGCCCACCUCUGGAAGAUCAACUGGCGCGGUACACGCUUUGGCCAGAACAUGAAAAGCUUUAUGGCCACGGGUACGAGAUCUCCGCCGUUGCUGUCAGUCAUGACCGCAAAUUAAUUGCUACUGCGUGCAAAGCGAGUUCGGUCGACCACGCCGUGAUUCGGUUGUAUGACACAUCAGACUGGCACGAGAUCAAACCUUCUCUGACUGCGCAUUCGUUGACCAUCACGGAUCUUGCCUUUUCAGGAGAUGAUAAAUACCUCCUCAGUGUUGGGCGUGAUCGACAGUGGGCGCUCUUCUCAAGAAGCGACCAGGAUCCAAAUAUAUUCUCCAGCUAUUCCUCGAACCCUAAGGGCCACUCCCGAAUGAUCCUUGGAGCCGCCUGGGCCCCUUCUGCCGACAAAAGAGUUUUUGCCACCGCUGGACGCGAUAAGUCCGUAAAGAUCUGGCAAGAAACAGAUGAUACCUUUAUUUGCAAGACCACCAUCCCCCUAACAUCGGCAGUUUCGGCCGUUGCUAUCUUACCCAGCCCUUACAAAAACUCGUUUGUCCUUGCCGCAGGAGAAGAUAGCGGUGCUCUCUCUAUUCAUGGAAUUGCGCUUGAAAGUCUUGAAGCACAGCACAUGGUGACUCUUGACCAAGCUGUAGCGCCGUCCAGAGCCAUCACACAGUUGUCUUGGCGGCCAGUGUCGACUUUUGACGGUGAGGCUAAGGCUCGGUUCGAGCUGGGAGUAGCCAGCGAAGAUAACUCAGUCCGCAUAUAUGCUAUCUCGAUGCCAAUGGGACUUUGA